CGUCAUGCUAGGCAUGGUAUCUGUUCAUUUGAAAUUGCGCGUAGCUGCACCAUCAGAGGAAAGAUUGAGGCGAUAGAAUAGCAAAGAAUGGUCAUCUUGUUCCUAAUGUCAUGAAUUUCAGUACAUCCAGCAGUAUAUCUAUUAGACGUAGCUCAGCACUCAUCGCUUGGCCUUUUCGUCGGAUUGCUCCACAAGUGCCGUGACCUUGAAGGAUGGGCUCAACGGUGGUUGAACCAAGCACGAUUGUGGAAGGAUGGCGUAUGGCACUUCUGCUGCUUGCAUUUGCCACGGUGACCUUCAUUCUGGAGAAAGCAGCUCAUGGCUUGGAGCACAUCUUCAAGAAACAGAGAGGCCUUGCCAUCGGGCUAGAGCACAUAAAGAAUGAACUUCUGUGCGUGGGCUCUAUCUCCCUCCUCUUAAGCGCAUUCCAAAACCUCCUUGCUCAGAUAUGCAUCCCUUUAUCGAAAGUAUCAGUUUACACUGACCGGCGGCGCCGUUUACUUGCCGGUGGGGCCGAGACAUAUUGCCAGCCGUACAAGCAAAGCCUGUGGCCUGUCUCGCUGCAGCACGACACACACAUCUUCAUCUUUGUGGUGGCAUGCACUCACGUGGUGUACGGCACCCUCACCGUCUACCUGACCAUCUGGCGGGUGCGGAGCUGGCGCAAAUGGGAGGUGGCCGCUCAACAGCAGGCCAACAGCAUGGACAUCAAAGUCAUGAAGAUGCCCGCAAAGUGGUUGUAUCGCAACGUAGGCAGCAAUUCCGUCAUCCACUUCUUCCUCAUGCUCCUCCGGCAGUACCAGAUGUCCGUAAACCAGAGCCUCUACAACAACGCCCGUGUGCUCUUCAUCGAAAAGGCGGGUCUGGAUUACAAGUACAACUUCCAUGACGUGGUGGUCAGGGGCCUGGAGGAUGAGCUGAUGCUUACGCUUCGCCCCGAGUGGCACCUUUGGAUGAUUGCCGUGGUGUGGUACGCCAUUCCGCCACCGGCGUACGUGUCGUUCUGGAUGUACGGCUUAGGCGUACUAAUGAUCAUGCUGGUUGGCGGAAAGCUGGUGGACGUCCUGGUGCAAAUCUCAGUGCAGGUGGCUAUUAAAUACGGCGACAGUGUCGUGUUCGGGCGCAUGGAUGAGAAUCCACGUGCCCGCGGCCGCAUCGAGACGCUUGGCCGCUCCUCCAUGCACGCCCUAGGCACCGCAAAGCGAUCCUUCCUGCAGCGCGGCAUGGACCAGACGAGCAAGGCCUUGGAGCACCAUCACGGCGAGGAUGACCCCGAGUGGAUCCAGAACACCAACAACCUGGGAGUCCUGGCAAACGUUUUUCGGAUGCCGUCGCGCCAACACGUCCUGCAGAUGAUCCGGUCCAUGGCGCCGCAAGCCUCUUCUGGUGUUGCGGCUGAUGCUGCCGCCGGUGCUGAUUCUACUGGGGGUGGUCAUGGUAGUGGUAAUGAUGUAGGUGCUGGUGCUGUCUCACCGACGAAAGGGCAGCAGCACGAGGAGGCUGGGGGCCAAGUGGCUGCAUCGCCGCACGUACCAGCGGGGCCGCCGCCGCCACCGCACCCCCCGGCAGUGGCGCCGCAGACACCCACGACAGCAGCGGCGGCAGGGGCAGCAGCAGCCGUGGCGACACAGCCUUCUGGCAGCAUGAGGUUGGUUCGCCGGAGCGCCCCGCCGGAUCUUCGGGGCCGACAUCCGCAACGGUUUGACUUCUCAGAUGGUGCCGCUGUGGGCAGCUUUAACGCUGCCGGUGGCGCGGGCCACGGGGCGCCGGCGGCAGCGGGAGCCCCGCUGCCAACCGGCAUCACGCGCAACAUGAGCGUUGCCGCUGGAAGCCACGCCCGGCACCAUCACCAUCGCCAUCACUAUCAUUUCAUUCACCCUCAGCAUCACCACAGCCACAAUCGUCAUAACCGCCACCGCAGUCGGGAUCAGGCAGGCCUGGAGGGAAUGCCCUCCACCACCCUGCCACUGCCGCCGUUGCCGCCGUCGCCACAGAACCUCCAGCCGCAGGGCGAAGGAGGUGGAUCUCCUAGAUUUGCUGAGGCGCAGCCCGCAGGCACCUUUCCGGACAAGCGCAGGUCAGCCUUUGAGCUCUUCCAGCGGCACCCCGAACAUCAAGUACGGGCGCUGUCCUUGCGCCGUGCCCUCAACUUUAUCCUGGGACCCCCCGAGGACCCCGGCACGUCACCUCCCAGGCAACAGCAGCUGCUGCUGCCACCGCUGCCGCUGCCGGAGGACCACCAUGCCCCGCGGUCGCUGGCUGGGUCUAUGGCGGCGGUGCAAGCUGAUGGGAAGGCUUUUGUGGCAAGGAACCCCGGGGCAUCGGCUGCAUCUGGAUCGGCUUCCUCGCGAGGCUUCGGGGGUGCACCCACGGAGAUGACCAACGGCAUUACGGCGGCGGAUACUUUGCUGGAUUUCGCGGAGAGCGGGGCCGUUGGCCGUCAGCAAUACCAUCAACAGCAACAGCCGCCAAGUGGCAAGGCUUCGGACGCUGUGACGAGGGUACCAUCGUCCGCUCGGGGCGUGAUGUUACCGUCUGCGGGGAGCAUCAGAAGCCGGGUCUGCGGCGGCAGCAGCGACCAGGGCAGUAUUUCCGUUCGGCGAGGGCCUCGCGUGCUCAGGUUCAAACGAACAGCUUCAGGACGUUGGAAAGUUCCGAUGCUGAUGCGGCCCUUUUAUUGCGGCACGCACGUAAAGGGCAGGUCCCAGUAUGUGCGGGACAUGCUACAGCAGCGCAAGGACCGAGGGGUACACCAGCUGGACGCGAAGGACUUCUUCUGGUUCAAGCGCCCCCGCUUCAUGACGAUGCUCUUCACGCUGGCCUACUUUCAGAAUUCAUUGUCCAUCGCCAUCUGCAUCUUCUCCUUGGCGGGGAUGCAAGAUACCGUGGGCACCUGGGAGGGUGUCCCCAAAUGGGCCAUCAUCCUGCAGCUAUGUCUGGACAUGGUGCUGAUGCCGCAGGUUAGCCUGUCCAUCCUGCCCUUGUACGCGCUGAUCCAGCCGUUGGGUAGCCACUGCCCACAGGACCUCAUCAAGUACGCAAAGGAAAAGGAGGAGAAAGCGAAGAAGUCCAAAUAUGGCCGCUAUCAGAGACAGUGGCUAUCGGAGCUGUCCUCCCAUAUAUUGGGUGACAGUACGACCAAGACUGAGAAGCGCAGCAUCCUGGGCAGCCUUGGGAAGUUUCUACGAAGCAAAAAAAAAGGUGGGGAGCGGCCGUCGGCUCAGGAGGAGGUGGCAGCUCCACCGCCUGCAGUGCAGCGGCUCGGCAGCCAGGUAGUGGGCGAGGCAUUGCUGGCACUGAGCAGGGCCAAUGGCUUUUCGCCAAGCGGCCGCGCGUCGUCAGAGGCGGCCCGCGAGAUGCGCCUAAGGCCUAACGGGACUAGUCCCAGCUGCAGCCGCACGUUAGCGGCUCAGCUCCCAAUGGUGCCUCACCUAUUUAAGGACGGUGAAGCUACGUCCUUGGACCACACCGCAGUCGGCAAAGGUGACCAGCAGCGUGUCUCAUCAGCCCACGUUGCAGUUACGGUGGACAGACAGGCGGAGCUGGAGCCAGGCCUACGGGGCCCGCAGGCGCCUGGAUGGUUAGGCGAUGGAGCUCGUCAAGCCGCAGGAACUGCGGUGACGGCAGCGGCGCCCGCCAUGGAUCCCUUUAACCAGCGCAGCAGCAAGGAGCAAUAG